AAAUUAUUAUUUUCUAUUAAUUUGUUAAUUCGCAUUUCUAAUGAAAAUCUAGAUUCUAGAUCUACAAUACUCAAUAGCGAGAGCUAGAUCUAGAAUCUACUUUAGAGAAAUAUAAUGUCAGAUUACAACAUUUCUUGGUUUAAAUUGGCUGUUGCCUCAGCAAUCAUCCGCAGCAAACCUGUAAAUAUGUCUUCAAAAAAGUAUGCAGAAGAACUUCGAGCAGCUUAUUUACGUUCACAGACCAGACUGCAAGAGCAGUAUUUGAUGGCUCCAAAACAAGUGGCAGAGCUGAAAGAAAUUAUUGAGAAACUGCACUGCCACCAAAUGGAAAAAACAUGUGAUAACAUAGAGAACUAUACCUCACAAUUAAAGAUUACAAGAGACCUAAUUCCAUUUGGCACGUCAGAGCUUUUAAAACCCUCUGCAAAUCAGAAUGAAGCUUCUUUUGUUGAAAACCUUUACUUUAUCCAAAGUGUAAUUACAUUACAAAACCUGACAAAGGAAUUCACAUGUGAAGAGACAGAAAAAAUAUUAGAGGCAGCUGGGAAGUCAAUCAGGAAUAUCAGUGACAUAGUCUACAGGAAUCUGAUGACUGUGUCAGAGAACCUUUUGUGUCAAGCAGCACACAAUCUCAAUGUUUUGAUGGACACUUUUCAAUGGCUUCAGGAGAGACCAACAUUUAUGAGAGAAGUAUGUCUGCUAGUGGACAGGAUUGUGGAAAAACUUUUACAUUCCACAUCUCAUGGACUGACCAAUAAGUAUCGCAGAAAACAGCUGUUAACUAAGAUGUUACAGCAACUAGCAAGGAGUAAGAGCUUACCGUUGCUGCUUAUCAUCCUGGAUUCUCUGGUUGAGCGUGUGGAGAAUUUGUGCCUUCUGUUGAACAGAUCCCAAGCCACACAACAACUGGUUGAUGCCAACUUGUAUAACAAUGGCUACUUUCUUGUUGUCUCUAUGGAGCUCAUUAUGAAACAGUGGAUGGAAGAAUGCCCUGUGAGCACAGAAACAUUGCAAGAGUGUCAAGGAAGGCUUGAUCAGGCCAUUCUGCAGGUGAAAGACAGCUUUCCUUUGGUGGCCCAUGCUUUUUUCAGAGUUUCUUCCCUUUGUGAGAGUAUUAUACAGAAUAAAUGAUUUUUAUUUUCUUUAA